AUGGCAGCGCGCGAUCAAUUUCUCGGACUCAACGAAGAAGAGGAGGCUGUGGCAAAAAAUUUAGCCGCAAGAGUGGUUCUUUCGACUGUCACAUACCCACUCACUUGCGUGAAGACGCUUACUCAGUUGGGACAUGAACCGUUCCCACUGUCUACGGGAAAGACACUUGUUGUCGCCGGUCGUAAUGCCUACUUCCUUCCCAACGUGUUUAGUUAUGCUAACCAGUUAGCUCACGCUCGCGGACUGGGUAUACUGUUCACUGGUAUCGACUCAGCCGUAUGUUCACUUAUCGUUCAAGGAAUCACCUCUUACAAAACGAAAAAGUACAUCGACACUUACUAUCCUGAGAUUGGAGGCAAGCCAGAAAACGAACAUCUUGACGAGAAGGAUUUGACAGACCACCAGUCAUUCAAACGUCACUUGCGUGGCGCUAUUCGCGAGUCUGUCAUUCGCGUCGUGACAGUCACCGUUGCAAGGCCCUUAACAGGUACACAUUCUAGUAAUAUUUGA